UCAAAGUGACCACAGACCAAGAAGUCUUUAAUGAAUAGACAAGGCCAACCUCUGCUCCCCCAGAAAAGAAACACUCAUCUGAAAUCCAUCACCUUUGUGGAGUCUUCAAAGUAACCAAGGAUUGGAAAGAACAGAAAUAAACUGAUUUCCAGUGCCUCUGGCCUUCCUGUUGAAAGCAGACAGAGUGUAUGAAGACAGUUCAAAUAUGUCAGAGACUUCCUCCCAUGACUCCUUCUAUGAUUCCCUGUCAGACAUGCAGGAAGAAACCAAGAAUGCUGACUUCUUCCCUGAACUAUCUGCUUUUCUCAGCCAGGAAGAGAUAAACAAGAGCCUUGACCUAGCCCGGAGAGCUAUAGCCAACUCUGAGACAGAUGAUUUUGACUCAGAAAAGGAAAUCUCACAGAUUUUCAACAACUCUCCUGUAAGCCUGGGUGAAAAUUCUUCCCGAAAGGAGACCAAAUUGGGCGAGCCAACCUCCUUGGGAAGACCUCCAGAUAACAGGCCAGAAGAACAAACUGAGAACAUCUCCUCACCUGGUUCAAAGAGGAAACCUGGCAUCUCACCCCUGCUUGCCAGACCCAGUUAUAUCCAGAGCCUCCGAAAGGCUGAAAAAUGUGGUGCAAAAACUCCCAACACAAUCGUAAAGUCCAAACCAGUAUAUCAAGGUAAGGCUGGCCCCCAGAGCCAGCUUUGUGACAAGGCAGCUAAUUUCAUCGAGGAGCUGACAUCCAUAUUUAGAGAAGCAGCAAAGCCGAGAAACAGAAGCCCAAAUGGGGAGUCCUCAUCACCAGACAGUGGGUACCUAUCUCCUAAAAAUCAGCCGUCAGCCCUGAUGAGUGCCUCAGCCAGCCAGAGCCCCACGGGAGACCAACAGGAGAUGGAAGCAGAGGUCAAGUUACCCGAGGCCAGGCAUUGCUACGGAGCAGACCGGGAUGAGGCAGCGCCAUGCAAUAGCAUGUCUCACCCACAGCCGCAGAAAGCACUCCCCUUCCCAUCAGCUCCUCGGUUCAUCCAGAAGCUGAGGAGCCAAGAGGUGGCAGAAGGAAGCAGAGUUUAUUUGGAGUGUAGAGUCUCUGGAAACCCAACUCCUCGAGUCAGAUGGUUCUGUGAGGGAAAGGAACUGCACAACACACCUGAUAUUCAGAUCCACUGUGAGGGGGAGGACCUCCAUACGUUGAUCAUAGCAGAAGCCUUUGAAGACGACACAGGUCGCUAUACCUGUCUGGCUACGAACCCCAGCGGCUCAGACACAACAUCCGCCGAGGUGUUCAUUGAAGGUGCCAGUUCAACAGAUUCUGACAGUGAAAAUUUAGCUUUCAACUCAAAACCUGGAGCUAUGCCACAAGCUCAAAAGAAAACGACUUCUGUUUCCCUGACAAUAGGAGCAUCAUCUCCAAAGACAGGAGUGACCACAGCUGUGAUUCAGCCAUUAUCGGUUCCUGUUCAGCAGGUUCACAGUCCAACCUCGUAUCUCUGCAGACCUGAUGGAACCACUUCUGCCUACUUUCCUCCUGUUUUUACAAAGGAACUGCAAAAUAUCGCCGCAUCAGAAGGCCAGGUGGUGGUUCUGGAAUGCAGGGUCCGAGGGGCGCCCCCAUUGCAGGUUAAGUGGUUCCGACAAGGCAGUGAAAUCCAGGACUCCCCAGACUUCAGGAUUCUACAGAAAAAACCUAGAUCUACAGCUGAACCUGAGGAGAUCUGCACCCUCGUUAUCGCUGAGACUUUCCCUGAAGAUGCGGGGAUCUUUACAUGCUCGGCGAGAAACGAUUACGGAUCAGUAACCAGCACUGCCCAGCUGGUUGUCACCUCAGCCAACACUGAAAACUGUAGCUAUGACUCCAUGGGAGAAUCCAACAAUGAUCACUUCCAACACUUUCCACCUCCCCCUCCAAUCUUGGAGACAAGUCCUUUUGAGUUGGCUUCAAAGAAACCAGCAGAGAUCCAGCAGGUGAACAGCCCAGAGUUGGGGCUGGGAAUGGCAGCCCUUCAAAUGCAAUUCAGUCCUGCUGAGAGGGAAACAAACGGAGUCCAUCCCAACCAUGGAGUGAACGGACUGAUUAAUGGCAAAGCUAACGGUAAUAAAUCUCCCCCAACACCAGCUGUCCUGCUCUCACCCACGAAGGAGCCACCACCUCUGCUUGCCAAACCCAAACUGGACCCUCUGAAACUCCAGCAGCUGCAGCACCAAAUCCGCCUGGAGCAGGAGGCCAGCGCGCGGCACGCCCCUCCGGCCUGCGCCCCGCGCAGCGCGCCCCCCUCGCCGCCCUUCCCGCCGCCGCCCGCCCCGUGGUCCCCGUCCUCGCCGUCGCCCCCGCCCCCGCCGCCCCCGGUCUUCAGCCCCACCGCGGCCUUCCCGGUGCCCGACGUGUUCCCGCUGCCGCCGCCGCCGCCGCCGCUGCCCGGCCCGGCCCCCCACGCCGCCUCGCCCGCCGCCCGCUUCGGCCACAGCCAGACGCCCGCCGCCUUCCUCAGCGCCCUGCUGCCCUCGCAGCCGCCGCCCGUGGCUGUCAACGCCCUGGGCCUGCCCAAGGGUGUCACCCCCGCGGGAUUUCCCAAGAAGGCCAACAGGACUGCAAGAAUCGCCUCUGAUGAGGAGAUUCAAGGCACAAAAGAUGCUGUCAUUCAAGACCUGGAACGGAAGCUUCGCUUCAAGGAGGACCUCCUGAACAACGGCCAGCCGAGGCUAACAUAUGAAGAAAGAAUGGCUCGUCGAUUACUAGGUGCUGACAGUGCAACUGUCUUUAAUAUUCAGGAGCCAGAAGAGGAAACAGCCAAUCAGGAAUACAAAGUCUCCAGCUGCGAACAGAGACUCAUCAGUGAAAUCGAGUACAGGUUAGAAAGGUCUCCGGUGGAUGAAUCGGGGGACGAAGCUAAGUAUGGGGACGUGCCUGUGGAAAAUGGAGUGGCACCAUUCUUUGAGAUGAAACUGAAACAUUACAAGAUCUUUGAAGGAAUGCCUGUAACUUUCACAUGCAGAGUCACUGGGAAUCCAAAGCCAAAGAUUUAUUGGUUUAAAGAUGGAAAGCAGAUCUCCUCAAAGAAUGAUCAUUACACCAUCCAGAGAGAUCUCGACGGGACCUGCUCUCUCCAUACCAUGGCCUCCACCCUAGAUGAUGAUGGGAAUUACACAAUUAUGGCUGCAAACCCUCAGGGCCGCGUCAGUUGCACUGGACGGCUAAUGGUACAGGCUGUCAAUCAAAGAGGUCGCAGUCCCCGCUCGCCCUCAGGCCAUCCUCAUGGCAGAAGGCCUCGCUCUAGAUCAAGGGACAGCGGCGAUGAAAACGAGCCCAUCCAGGAGCGGUUCUUCAGGCCUCACUUCUUGCAGGCUCCCGGGGAUCUGACCGUCCAAGAAGGAAAACUCUGCAGAAUGGACUGCAAAGUCAGUGGGUUGCCAACCCCAGACCUAAGCUGGCAACUAGAUGGAAAGCCCAUCCGCCCUGACAGUGCCCACAAGAUGCUCGUGCGUGAGAACGGGGUGCACUCUCUGAUCAUAGAGCCUGUCACGUCGCGGGACGCCGGCAUCUACACGUGUACGGCCACUAACCGAGCGGGACAGAACUCCUUCAGCCUGGAGCUGGUGGUUGCAGCCAAAGAAGCACACAAACCCCCCGUGUUUAUCGAGAAGCUGCAAAACACAGGUGUUGCUGAUGGGUACCCGGUGCGCCUGGAAUGCCGUGUUUCCGGAGUGCCACCGCCUCAGAUAUUUUGGAAGAAAGAAAAUGAAUCUCUCACCCACAGUACUGACCGAGUGAGCAUGCACCAGGACACCCAUGGCUACAUCUGCCUGCUCAUUCAGGGAGCCACGAAAGAAGAUGCUGGGUGGUACACGGUGUCAGCCAAGAAUGACGCUGGGAUUGUGUCCUGUACUGCCAGGCUGGACGUUUACACCCAGUGGCAUCAGCAGCCACAGAGCACCAAGCCAAAAAAAGUCCGCCCCUCAGCCAGUCGCUAUGCAGCACUUUCGGACCAGGGACUAGACAUCAAAGCAGCGUUCCAACCUGAAGCCAGUCCAUCUCACCUCACACUGAACACUGGCUUGGUAGAAAGUGAGGACCUGUAAUCCAACAUUCUUGUUAAAACUGAAACACUGAAAUGGCCUUGCCUUGACCAAUGUAUUCCUUUGUCACAUUAUGAAAAAGGCAAAAACAUACCUUUGACUAUAAGAAAUAAAAAAAUGUUUUCCUUAAUAUACCAAACUUAGAGUUUAAGUAAGUGAUGCUAAUAGAAAUGUACACGUUGCACAGAAAAUUCACAUUCAUCAUCCAAUUUAAAACUUUUGAAUUGCUGUGAGUAAAGUGGUCUGCAGUGCUGAAGGAAACCAAUUGUUCAAAGGUAACCACAACUUGUAUUAUCAGAAGUGCCUUAGAACACUAGCUUUAGGUGCUGCAUAGCAUGAUAGUGUGGAAUGCUUUUAACAUAAGGCAAUUGUACCACAAAUACUACUAAAAUGAUUCUGAAAUGGCAGUGUAUUCAGACAGCUCCAGUGAACCAAGUGCAAUAUAUGAGGAUGAAAGAGGAAACGGCAAAGAAAUCCAAGUAAAUGCCUUGUCUUAGCAAACUGUUUUAUAUUAAAUCAUAAGGAAGGAAUUACUUGCCUUAAAUUUUAAUAAUAUCAAGAGUUUUCUAACAAGGUUAAUGCCUUAGUUCAUAAACUUUAUUUCUUUGUAUUGUAUUUUCUUUUCAUGCUACCUUGGUAGAAAGCUUAUUUACAAACGGUAUUGAAAGGCUAAUUUAAAUAUAAAUAAUAUAAAGUUUUCUGAAUAAAGCAGAAAUAUAUGACAGUCCAUUCCAGGAAAGGCAUACAAACCACCCAAGUGACCAAGGCAUAUAGAAUUUGGAGGGCACAGGGGUUUGGGAAGAGUAGGGAGAACAAUGAAGGAAAAUGCUACCCUCAUACUUACUACAUUGUAUUCAUUCAGAGAUAAAAGUAGAAGGGGCAAGAAACAUGUGAAAGGGCAGGCUUUUCUUUGGUUUUCUUGAAAAUUAAUCUAACACAUAGGUGAAAAACACUGCCAUUUACACGUCAGGGAACCCAGGGUCAGCUGAAAGUUUGGAGCACAUGUGCUAUGGGAAUUUUAGCGUGUCUGAAGUUUGUGUAGUAGAGAUUUUUAGAUGUUUAGAGCAAGUUGAAAAUGGGACUGAGACUGCAAGAUUGGCAUAAAUGAGAAAUUGCCUGUAGCAUCUAGUCUACUUGAGGGAAAUGGAGACUUAGAAGAGACAAAAACAAGUUUGUGCCAUAAUGUAUUUUUUUUUCCAAUGGCACCAAGAUAUGGUGAAUGGAAAAUAUUAGUUCACUUCCCUGCUGUCCUGAAACCUUGCCUUAAGAAGGUGCUGGAUUCUGAGUAGUUUAUAAACGCAUCUCAGCAAAGACUAUUUUUUACCUGCAUACAACUCUGCAUCAACUAAACUGAGUUGAUUCUGACCAGACUUGAUGGUUUUUAAGUCGGAACCAAUAAACUUUAAAAAGGAGAAAAAAAAAAACCCAAUUUGGCCUAAUAGUAUAACAUGAGGCUUUAAUGGUACUUUGCUAUGAAAAGAAAACACUGUAUUCCUUAUGCAAAACACAUAUCUGUCAUUAUUUAUAAUAAAAAAUGUUGAACUCUCUUAGCUCAGUUACUCAAUUCAAUAUGUAGUAUUUUUAAAAAUAAUUUUAUAUUUGUGUACCACCCUAUGUAUUUCAUAUUACUGCUUCACAUGUACAGCUUUCUACUUGUUUGUAAGAACACCAACCAAGUUUUAAAUGAUUAAUAGGCUUGAGCACUGGGUAGCAGAUGUUCUCUGCAGAGUGGUACAAGUUUCUUUGAUCACACUUAUAUGCAUUACUAAUAUGGAAUUUAAGAUACCAUAUAAAGUCCCUCAUGGACUUUUCUAUGUUGUAGUAUUGACUUAUGUCAUAUCUUACUUGCCAAAUUUUUCUGAAUGUGACUUUUUUGCUAAUUUGCUGGGUUUGGGAUUAAGUAGCAUUCUUUUGCCACCUUUUAUGUUGUAUUUAUAAAAAAAAAUAGUACUAUCAUACUACUUCGGAUUGUUGUGCUGGUGUAAUGUGGACUUAACAUCAAUAAAUAUUUAACAAAUAGUG